AUGAAAGGAGUCGCAUUACUCAGUGGUGGUAAAGACAGUGUUCUUGCAUUACACUUAGCUAAAUCAUGGGGUAUAUCAGUUUGCGGUGCUAUACAUUUGACUCCGCUGAAUAACAGCGAUGAAACGGAUUCUUAUAUGUAUCAAAGCGUUGGGAGCUCCGUAACGACCUUUAUAAUAAAUAAUUGUCUCGAGUUGGAACAUAAGUAUGUCCGUAUGAUAGAACGAAAGCCUGAGUUGGUUGAUUUCGAUUACGAAUUGAACGAAGCUGACGAGGUUUACGAUUUAUAUCUUGCACUUUCUUCUUUGAAAUCUGAGAUUCCAGACCUUCGAUUUGUGGUUUCCGGUGCUUUGUGGAGUGAUUACCAACGAAUUAGGGUAGAGAAAUGCUGUGCUUUACUAGGACUGAAAAGUUUCGCGCCAUUAUGGCACCUGGGUCAAAGAAUUAUGCUUACCAGUUUGUUGUCAAACGCAGAUUUGUUUGAUUUUUGUUUAAUUAAGACAGCAGCUACUGGACUUGAUUCUUCUUUCAUUGGAAAAAACAUAUACGAUUUUUUUUACCGAUUUGUCGAACUCAGCAAAAAAGUGGAGUUAAAUGUCUGUGGGGAAGGGGGAGAAUUUGAAUCUAUUACAUUGAGCUGCCCUUUUUAUAAAAAAGAAUUGAGAAUAAACGGACAUAUUCAAACUGAUAAAGAACUUGGUUCAUCGCAACUAGUUCGUACAUAA